AUGGAAAACAGAAAAGAGAUGGUGAUGCUCCCGGAAGGAGGUCAACUUGGCACGGCAGUUGGCAAGACUGGCUCUAAUUUGUCGGAAGCAGUUGGAAGCCCCGCGCGAGAAUCACAAGGCAAAACGGUCCACAGGAACUACACCAGCCCCGGUUCUGCGCCCUACUCGCGAGACAGAGCGGACGAGGAGGUGAAGAGCGCACGGGGACGCGUGUGCGCCGAUAUAAGGUCGGUUGGCAUGUCCUCUUCAACCGAGAGACAUCGAUUAGAUCACACCAACAAAGAAGCUAGCAGCUCGGACACAGAGUCGGACUUCUAUGAAGAAAUUGAUGUGAGCUGCACGCCAGAAAGCAUGGACUACCCCAACCGGAAAGGUCGAAACGGUGAUUCCCCCAUCCACCCGAGUGACAGCGGUAUGGAUCCUGGUAAGAUGGGUUUGGGCCAAGUUUCGCUGUCCUACGGGGCUGACGCGAUGCGACGGUACCGGACAGCCUUUACUCGGGAGCAAAUCGGCCGGUUGGAGAAGGAAUUCUACCGGGAGAAUUACGUGUCCAGGCCGAGGAGAUGCGAACUGGCGGCUUCGCUAAAUUUACCAGAAACCACUAUCAAGGUGUGGUUCCAGAACCGCCGGAUGAAGGACAAGCGGCAGCGUCUGGCCAUGACGUGGCCUCACCCCGCCGACCCCGCAUUCUACACCUAUAUGAUGAGUCACGCGGCCGCCACCGGGAACCUGGGUUACCCCUUCCCGUCCCACCUACCAUUACCGUAUUACUCCCACCUUGGGGUCGGAGCCGGCUCGGCCUCCUCCGCCACCCCAUUCUCCAACCCCCUCAGGUCCCUUGACAGUUUCCGGAUGUUGUCACACCCCUACCAGAGGCCGGAGCUUCUGUGUUCGUUCAGGCACCCGCACCUGUACCCCAGCCCGGCCCACGGCCUCGGUCCCGGGGGGAGUCCCUGCUCCUGCCUCGCCUGUCACUCCGCUCAAUCAAACGGCCUUCAACAGAGGCCUACCGGGUCAGAUUUCCCGUGCUCCCCAACGAGCAGGACUGACGCGUUUUUGACGUUUACUCCGUCGGUGCUGAGCAAGUCCUCGCCGGGGACUUUGGACCAGAGAGAGGAGGUGCCAUUGAACAGAUAA